GUGUCUGUUUUGUUCAUGCCUGCCUGGUAUUAACGAACACCUUUGGAGAUCCUUUUCUUUACUUUCAACUUCCGUUCCUCCAACCUUCAAACACCGGAAAAGAGAGUUUUCUUUUUUUAGUGGUUUAAUUUGUGGAUUGAUGGAUAAGUCACAAGGCUUACCAUCUCUUGAUGCUGAAGGAGAUACAAGGAAAGAAAAUUUGGUUGACCCUUGCUGUUCUUCAUCUUCUGGUUACCAGGGGUAUCGGUUAUUUGAUCGCCAAAGGUCGAUGUGGCAGAUAAUGGGAGGAGGCAAAGCUGCUGAUGUUAUCCUGUGGAAGCGGCAGCAUGUUUCGUUUGGUUUCAUUGUUGUUACCACAGUUGCAUGGCUCCUGUUUGAGUACUCCGGAUUGUCAUUCUUAUCAAUUUGUUCAGACGUUUUGCUGAUUAUAAUUGUAAUCCAGUUUAUUUGGUCCAACUUUGCUGUUUUCCGAAAUAAGCAACUUCAACCAUUACCAGAGCUAGUCUUGUCGGAGGAAAUGGUUAACAAUGCUGCAGCAUCGUUUCGCGUUAAAAUCAACUACUUAAUGCUCAUGGCACAUGAUAUCACCCUUGGCAAAGAUUUCAGCCUCUUUUUUAAGGUUGUGGUUUGUUUGUGGUUCUUGUCAGUUAUUGGUAGCUUUUUCUCAUUCUUCACACUGGCAUAUAUUGGAACCAUAAUUUCAAUAACUCUUCCUGCAUUGUACCAUAAAUAUGAAGAGCAUGUGGAUAAAUAUGCUGGUUUGGUCCACCAGAAAUUCGCAAAGCACUAUAAAAUAGUGGAUGAAAAUGUUAUAAGCAGGUUGCCUCGAAGUUUACGAAAGUACAAAGAUACAUGAAUUACAAAUGUGUGAUAGGUUAUUGAUCGAAGGAGACAACUACACUGAUUGUCAGUGUCAGGGAGGGCUUGCUGGCCUUGUCGAGGAUAGCUGGAGUAGGCUUCAGUGGACAUUGUGCAGCUCUGGCUUCCUACAUUUUCGGCUGUACAUUUCGGGUGUUUCCUUUCACACAUGCAAAAUACCAUAUUGGAAAAGGUUAAUGUCCAUUUGUAAUUUGACUAGUUCCCACUGCACCCCCUCAUGCUUACCCAAAGCCAAGAGCAUUAUAUGCUGUUAUAUCUACUCGGCACCACCCAUUGGGUGAGAAACUGCCAUCCAUGUAACUAGAGCAUUUUGCAUUCCUCACACUCAUCACUGCUUGAUCCUUUCCCAAAACAAAGCACAUUAUCAUAGGAGUUCACAAAUCUUUCUUUUAGAAUAUAUGCCAAUUCUUUACCACCAAGAGAGUGAUAUAUUGGAACA